AUGAGGUGCCAGCGCCACCUUGAAGUAUUAAUUCAGAAUGCCUGUGUUAGGCCAAUUCCCUCGCUCUACUAUAGCGUCAGAACAUUAUCAACGAAAUCCCCACAGUAUCAAGAGAGCGAGGCUAGUACAAUUAAAGACAGUCGGCAAAAUGGUGCCCCACCGGAAGAUGAGGGCGCAAUGUCGAGGAGAAUGAGGGAUAUGUCUGAAGAAGCUAUGCUGGGAGGAAAAUCUGCAAUGAAAAACAUGCAAGAAGCCGGGUUCUCUGACGAGUUAAAGAGACAGCUAGAAGAGAGAAUAGCUGCUGCCUCAUUUAAAAAUGAACAUGCGCAGGCCUGGUCUGUUGUGAAUAUGCCGCGAAGUGCUGGACGAGGAACCCAGAACAUGGCCGCCGCUGCUCCUUGGACUGGAACAGAGAACAUUCAUGAUACAGCCCUUCGCAUGCUUGACGAUUCUAGUAAGCCUCUACGAACACCAUUCAAAAUUCCAUCACCGGUCUCCGUAAACGCACCGCCAAGAAUCCGUGGUGCUCGGACAUCUGGGCAACGGCUUGCUCAGGCUCGGGAACGCAAAGAGGCUUAUGAACUCACCCAAGAUUCUCAAAUUUCCAAAGAAGAACGGGAAGCAUACCGUCGAGAACUUCAUGAUCGAUUCACUCCUGGUGCUAGAUCUCUUCCCGUCUCACUUCAAGGGCUGAGCUCUUUGGCCAAUGAACGGAUAGAAGAUGCCAUAGCACAAGGUCAAUUUCGGAAUCUUCCCCGUGGAAAAGGUAAAAAUGUUGAACGUGACCAUGCCGCUGCUAACCCGUAUCUUGACACGACUGAAUACUUUAUGAACCGCAUUUUACAAAAGCAAGAAUUGGCGCCCGAAUGGAUCCAGAAACAGCAAGAAUUAAAGCUUGAACUUCACCGAUUUCGUACACAAUUGAGAAGUGAUUGGAAAAGACAUGCAGCACGUCUGAUAUCAAGCCAGGGAGGCUCACUACAGUUACAGAUCCGACGGGCUCAGGCAUACGCUGCUGCAGAGUCUAGACACAACAAAGCUGCCCGUUGUUCAGUACCGACGGAGUACAAGGAUGCUACAGGUGCCGAACCCAGAACACAGAUAGACAAUGAGGGGAGAUUAUCACGUACUUUGAGGAUCGAGGCUACGCCGAAUUCUACCGAGAGUAACUCUGAAAACGAACCAGAACCUCUGCCAAAUCUUCCUUGCCUACGUGAUCCGCAAUAUCUUUCUGUCGAAAAGGAGUACCAUGAACUAAAAAUAAAGAAACUCAACGAUCUCGUUCGCUCAUACAACCUUCAAGCCCCGCAAAUUGCCCAAAGGCCAUACGUCAAUCUUCAACGAGAGUUGGAUACUUGCUACGCUGAUGUAGCACCCUCCUUAGCGGAUGAAGUCCAUAGAAGGGCUACACAAAGAUCUCAUGAACCGGGACGAGUGUCGAUGACAGAGGCUACGAACCCCCUCCAGCAAGUUCUGGGUCUUGGCAAAGCUGUGCGAGUUUAUGACGAGGAUACAGCUAAGGGAUAUGGGAUGAAACAAUUUUGGCGUGACCUUUGGAAUCGUCAGGCGCCGACAGCGCAAUAA